AAUAAUGUCUUUUUUUUCUCCUUUCAUAUUCAGUUUACUCGGUUUCAUUGUUUUUUGAUUUGGAUCUCAUAUCAUCCUCCGGCGAAUCCACCACCGCACCGUAACUCCGGCCACCACCUUUCCUUCCAUCACUCUCUCUGUUCUACAUCCUUCUCAGAAAUAUGCCUUCACAGAAGGUUGAAACGGGUCAUCAAGACACGGUCCAUGAUGUUGCAAUGGAUUACUAUGGAAAGAGGCUGGCAACAGCUUCUUCGGAUCACACAAUUAAGAUAAUCGGUGUGAGCAAUUCAGCCUCUCAGCAUCUAGCAACUUUGACUGGUCACCAAGGACCUGUUUGGGAGGUCUCGUGGGCUCACCCUAAGUUUGGUUCCCUGCUUGCUUCGUGUUCCUAUGAUGGGCGUGUCAUUCUUUGGAAGGAGGGUAACCAAAAUGAAUGGGUCCAAGCUCAUGUUUUUGAUGACCAUAAGUCAUCUGUGAAUUCAGUUGCUUGGGCACCUCACGAAUUGGGUCUCUGCUUGGCUUGUGGUUCGUCUGAUGGGAAUAUAUCUAUAUUCACUGCAAGAGCAGAUGGUGGAUGGGACACCUCAAGGAUUGAUCAGGCUCACCCAGUAGGUGUCACUUCUGUGUCUUGGGCUCCUGCAAUGGCACCGGGGGCUCUUGUUGGUUCAGGGUUACUUGAUCCGGUGCAGAAGCUUUGCUCUGGUGGUUGUGAUAAUACUGUUAAGGUGUGGAAGCUGAGCAACGGACAGUGGAAGAUGGAUUGCUUUCCUGCACUUCAGAUGCAUAAUGAUUGGGUUCGUGAUGUUGCUUGGGCACCUAAUUUGGGACUUCCGAAAUCAACCAUCGCUAGUGCAUCGCAGGAUGGUAAAGCGAUCAUAUGGACUGUAGGCAAAGAAGGGGAUCAUUGGGAAGGCAAGGUUUUGAAUGAUUUCAAGACCCCUGUUUGGAGGGUGUCAUGGUCAUUGACAGGAAAUAUACUGGCUGUUGCUGAUGGAAACAACAAUGUGACAUUAUGGAAAGAAGCAGUAGAUGGGGAAUGGCAACAGGUGACAACAGUGGAGCCAUAGAAUCUGAUUGUUCAGGUUGUGUGUGUUAAUUUUGAAACUAUGGUUAAAGUUUUUAUUUUGAUAUAUAAUUGACAUCUUGUUUCUUUGCGCGUAUUACACAGUUGAUUAGUUGUACUUCGUAUAAUGCAUUAGUUCCUUGAGUUUGAAUUUUGUGAUCCAUUGAACAUUCUCUGUUUGCAAGAAUGAAAUUGAAUAGUUUUAGC